AUGACUUUGCAAAUGUCGCAACGACUUCUUCAAUUGAAAAGUGAUGAAAUACUUAAAAAGCAAGAAGAAAUAGAUAACUUAAAGAAGGAUCAACCUGAAAUUGAUGUUUUAAAACAACAGUUGGAUAUUUACAAAGAAGACUUUGAAACUGAAAGAAAAGCUAGAGCAACAUUGGCUGGAGAAAAAGACAAUGCUGUUUCUGACUUACGUAAGCUUCAGCAACGUAAUGAAGAACUUCUACAGCGCUUGAAAAAUAUAGCAGAGCAAAAUAAAUCAACUGCUGCACCUACUGCACCUCCAAAUGACAAUUCUUCUUCCUCCACACAGGACAAUAAAACUAUGUCACCGUCAAACUCUAGUUCUUAUAGUUGUCCAAUGUGCUUCAAUCAGUUUAAAAAUUAUCACACCCUCCAGAGACAUGUAGAAGACUGCGGGGAAGUAGUUUGAACUAUAACGAAUUUCAGAUGGUUUAUCCAUGCCCUAUAUGCCAGUUUGCGUUUUACACAAUUCAGGCACUUGAGAAUCAUGUUGAACGUUGUCUCAAUGCUCAAGUGUGAAUGUAAUCUUAAAUCAGCUAACAUCAAAAUUAUCAUUUAGUAUUAGAGGUAAUUAAGAAAUAUUAUAUAUUUUUAUCUUUGUUUUUAUAUGAAUUUGUCAAAUGCUGCACUGUUUUAUCUAAUUCUUUAUAUUCUUGACUUUUAUUCUUUCGUAUAAAUUAUUUGAUGGCUGGAAAUAAUUAUGAGAGUAAUAUUGCUUUUUUUUGAAAGUUGGAAAAGACUUUUUUGAUAAUUUGGUAUGACAGACUUAAUGAGAGUGUUUGUGUACUUUUAAAAUCAAUAAUACAUAUAUUUAAUUAAUCUACAAUA